AUGGCAUCGCUAACAUCCUCCAGCCGCAGAUCCUCCUCAUCCUACCGCUCAUCAUCACGGUACAGCACCUCCAGCUCCUAUCGGUCAGAGGGCUCACUGGGCGGAUCAUCCGAUUCUCUGGAUCCCCUUUUCGAGCCAUUUCUUGACUCUACUGAUCACUCCAGUCUGUUUGGAGAAGAAAGCUCCGGGGGAACCAGCUGUUUGACCCCCUUCAGCAGCUACAGCAGAUCCUCCUAUGGACACACCGCUCCUGUAGGCGCUGUGACAGGACGACAGAGCAGCACAGGUGGAGGAGUGCAAUGUCUGGGAGACAGCUACUUCAUGUCAGCUGAUGUCAGCCAGUUUGAGCCGCAUGAUGUGGUAGUGAUGGCCUACAACCACCAUGUUGUCAUUCACGCUCAGAAGGUACUGGAUGAUGGAAGUGUCAGUGACACAUUUACCCACAAGUCCCUGUUUCCAGAGGAUAUGGACCCGUUGUCUGUCAGUGGGACCCUUAACCCUGAUGGUACCCUUGUGGUGAGGGUCCGCCGGACCACAGCGCUGGGUGGGCUGGAGCCCCCGGGUGUCCCCACCUACUGCAGUGAAGCUCACCUUUGA